UAGACAUGGUUGGAGAGGUUUCCUCUGCCUUUCUACAGGUCCUGUUUGAGAAUUUGGCGACUCUGCUGCUGGACGAGCUUAGGUUGGUCUUGGGAGCGGAGGACCAGCUGAGAAAUCUCAGGGACAGUCUCUCCAUGAUUCAAUCUGUGCUUCAUGACGCAGAGGAGAGGCAGUGCGCCGAGAAUGCGGUGAGGCUGUGGCUCAACGAGCUCAGGGUCGUCGCCUAUGAUGCAAACGACGUGUUGGAUGAGUGUGCUACCGAAGCUUAACGCCGGCGUCUGAUCCCAUAUGCACGGGUACGCAGCUCCCUGUCCUUCCUCAAUCCUAAGCGUGCCUUGUUCUGGCUCAAAAUGUCCCAUAGAAUGGAAGAGAUAGCCGAUAGACUCGCUCUCAUCGGAAACAGACAUCAUGCUUUUAGCUUGAGAUUGGGGGAUGAAUCAAGGAGUCGAGAAAGGCGCCGUGAGAAUCAUCAUCAGAGCACCUCGCUGAAUCCUUCGUCAGCUCUUGGCCGGAGAGCGAUAAGCGGAGGAUCGUAGAACUGUUGGUACCGUUGCAUGGUGAGGUCGAGCACAACAUUUCUGUGAUUUCCAUCCUCGGGAUGGGUGGACUGGGGAAGACGACCCUCGCUCAACUAGUCUACAAUGAUGAAACUGUGGAGAAGCAUUUCGAGCUCAGGCUUUGGGUCCACGUGUCCUAUGAUUUUAAUGUCUACGGGCUCACGAGAGCGAUCAUAGAAUCCAUAGAUAGUCAUGUGUACGAACCCAUCAACCUCGACAAUCUUCAGAAACACCUCAAGAAGAAGUUGGCUGGAAAGAGAUACUUGCUCGUCUUGGAUGACGUAUGGAAUGAGGAAACAGAACAGUGGGAGAGGCUUAGAGUCCCCUUGCUGUGUGGAGCCAGAGGGAGUAAGAUAUUGGUGACUACCAGGAGCGAGGAAGUCGCAAACAUUAUGAGCACCUCAUCACCAUACAGUUUGGGGGGUUUAUUAGAUGAUGAUUGCUGGUCUUUGUUCUGCCAGUAUGCAUUUUCCCGAGAUCCAGAUGCAUUUUCUGAUCUAGAUGAUAUCGGAAGACAGAUUGUGAACAAGUGCAAGGGCUUGCCUCUGGCAGCGAUUGCUUUGGGCCAUAGGCUGCGCAGGGUAGCUGACAGAAGCAAGUGGGAAGCAAUUCUCCAAGACGAGAGCUGGGAAUUCUCCGGUGGGGACGGCGAUAUUUCUCGUGCGGUUAGCUUGAGCUACCAGCAAUUGCCUGCACAUCUUAAGCCAUGUUUUGCAUAUUGUUCCUUAAUUCCGAAAGGCUACGAGUUUGAGAAGGAGUUCAUAGUCCAACUGUGGAUAGCACAAAAUUUCAUUCAGCCUGGUGGGGGAGAACGUAUCGAAGACAUCGGUAGCUACUACUUUGAUUCGCUUGUGCAGAAGUCAUUCUUCCAGAUCUCACACUUUGACUAUAAACGCAGCCAACCUAGGUACAAAAUGCAUGAUCUUAUUCAUGACUAUGCUCAACAUGUAUCAAUGGAGGAAUGUCGUAUAGUGGAGCUUGGCAAACCAUGCAAUCUCUCCGCAAAGACACGGCAUUUGUCGUUGAUCUGUGACCAGUUUGUGCAGGAUAACCCGACGCAAUCACCUUUGUCUAACCGAAGGAAGAACAUAUUUAAGACAUUUUAUGCAUACGGAGGCUUGUACACAUUCCUGCUGGCCGGUGGAUCCACAACAUAUGAGAUAAGGGUCCCUAACAAUCUUGCAGAGAGAUUGGGAAGCCUACGGACCUUGGAUCUGAGCAACUGUGGCAUAAGUAUGCUGCCUGAAUCGAUAGGUGAUUUGAAGCACCUACGGUGCCUCCAGCUUCCAAACACAACUAUUAGAAGGCUGCCUGAAUCAGUGGGUUGCCUUUAUAAUCUUCAGAUAUUGGGUCUUAGAAAUUGUGAUAUUCAGGAGUUGCCCUGGAACACAAGAAGUCUCCAAAGACUGCAUCAUCUCGAUCUGCAUCUUGACGAAAUUUCAGUGAUGGCACAGGGUGCCAAGUCUAGAGGGCAUAGUCUGAGGUCCAUGCCUCCAGAAAUUGGACUUUUAACUGAUCUCCAAACAUUAUCAAGAUUUGUUGUAGGUACAAAGCAUAGAUGUGGGUUAAGAGAGCUGAAGGAGUUGAACAAUCUCCAUGGAGAGCUUCAAAUUUCAAACCUUCAUUUUGUUUCAAAAGCAGCAGAAGCUUCGGAGGCAAAUUUAUCCAGAAAACAAUACAUUCAUAGAUUAGAGCUGCAGUGGAGCCACCAUCAUAAAUUUGCAUCAAGUAGACAUGUCCAGGAACUUGAAGAGAAAGUUCUAGCAAACCUCCAACCUCACACCAAUCUCAAAGAGCUCAUUGUAGUAGGCUAUGAAGGUGCAACAUUUCCAUCUUGGAUAGGUCAUUCUUCCUUCUCCAAACUAGUAGCCCUGUCGCUCUCCAAUUGUAAGAAAUGUGAGAUCCUCCCUCCGCUCGGACAGUUGCCUGCACUGAAAGAUCUCUACAUAAAAGAAAUCGAUGGUGUCAAGAUUGUGGAUUGCUCAUUUUGUGGUCAUGACGCAAGAAAUUUCCCAUCAUUGCAAAAGCUACAUUUUGAGAGCAUGCACAGCUUGCAGGUUUGGUGUGGAAAAGAUAAUUGCCUGCUUCCUUCGCUUCGAGAGCUGGUUUUUAAGAACUGCAGUGGUCUUCGACAACUUACUCAUAAUCUUCCUUCCCUGACAAAGUUGGAGAUUGAGGGAUCCCCAAAAUUAGUCGGCUUGCGAAGCUUCCCAUCGCUCCAAUCUUUAGAGGUGAAGGCCAGCGGUGAGUGGGUUUUCGACUCAUGGUCCAGUCUCACUUCUCUUUCCUCCCUGACCCUCAGCCGGUUGCCAACAAUAAGCUUGCCUUCAAAACUCCAACUUGGCCAUGCCUCUAUACGCUGCUUGGAAAUCAGUCACUGCGACCACUUGAUAUCAUUGCCUGACAAUUGGCUCCCCUCUGGCCUUACCUAUUUUGCAAUCAAACAUUGUUCUCAACUCCGGGCACUACCAAGGGGACUGCAGAACCUAAGGAAGCUGGAAGACUUGGAAAUCCAGAGUUGUGGGCAUCUAGAGUACCUACCAGAUGGGCUCAAGAACCUGACAUCACUCAUGCGUUUUGAGAUUUCAGACUGUCCUCAGCUUUUAUGCUUGCCAAAUGAUGGUCUGCCAACUAAACUUACAGUUCUUGAGCAUCAACAAUUGUCCAGAGCUCAGGCGACGGUGUGAAGUUGAGGCAGGUGAAGACCGGCCCAAGAUUGAGCACAUCUUCUCCGUAUGGAUUGAUAAGGAACUAUUAGUUUCUUCCAUUCAGCCCAAUACAGCAGCCAUGGCUCACAGCCACUACACCAAGGGGAAAGCUCAGGGAAGUAGAUGCAAAUGAUUACAGAAGCACCCCUUCACUUUAUUAUGGUAAGC